AUGGCUGUUCUCUAUGGAGCUCAAGCAUUCUUUAUCUUUGAUUACAAACACAUCAGCGGACAACACAGUGGUGCAGGAGAGGCAGAUAUGCACAGUGUUGUGAAGAAGAUGAUGCCCACCUUCAGUGCAGGUCAGAUCUUUUCCAGCUUGAGUGACGAUGAAAAACCAAACAGUUCGUUGUAUCAGUGUACUCUCUACAGUGAUGUAGACCAUGUCAAUGGCUCCAUGACGUAUGACAAAGCUCUGCAAGUCUAUGAAACUCUCCCGAAGCACCUUGGACAGCAAGGAGAGAAAGCAGUGCCUCUGUACGCUUGGCUCUAUCCUGUGAAGAAUCUGGGACUUUCAGUUGAAACCACGCGCCUAUUUUUCACCAAGGCAGAGGGAGUGCUGGACCAUCUGAGGCAGGCCACCAUGAGAUGCCAGGAGAUGAUGACAGACUUCACCAAUGGUUGUGUGAUGAAAUGGUUUCCUGAUCUGACGUAUAAACUGUCUAGAUUAUCAGAGCUUCUGCAGAAGUACCAGUCAGAGUUUAAGAGAAAGCUGUCCAUGGCAGUAAAGACCAUGAGAGAGAGUGAAGGGGUGGAUGAAAACCGACUGAGAGACAUUCUCCAGAACCAUGACCAGUCUCCGUUCUGUCCUCAGUCUAUACAACUGUGGCUAAACAACAAGGCAGCAGAGGUGAAGGCUCUGAAUGACUGUAAAACAAGAAACAUCCCCAUAAUGAAAUCUCAGGAAGAGCUGGACGGUGUCCUCAGAUCCUCAAAGGACAGGCUGUUGUGUUUCACUCUGACCUCCCUGGAGGAUGAAGAUCCAUUCCUCUCCACCAUGAAGCAGCACAAACACUCUCUCCAAGAGAACACUGUGAACCAAACUGAUCUCACUGGACAGCAGGAGACACACUCUGUUCCAAUGGACACCGUGAACCAAUCUGAUCUCACUGGACAACAGGAGACACACUCUGUACAAGAGAACAUCAUGAACCAAUCUGAUCUCACUGGACAGCAGGAGACAAAGCGACCAUUCAAACCUCCAGAUUUAACUCAGAAAAUACAGUCUGACCUUUGCUUGUUCACCAAAUCCUAUGAAGACAGCGGAGAUGGAGAGAGCAUCAAGUUCAUAGCAGCAGUUAUACCAGAUAUCAGUGUUCCUGGAUCCUCCAUUCGUCUGUAUCAACAAGGCAGUCUCAUCACCACCAACUUCCAGCUGGGAUUAGAACCUGAUCCAUUCCAGGUAGCAGAGAUAAAACAGAGCCGUGUCCUCCUGAAGUUUCCACAGUCAACCAUCAGAAGACCUGAGAGGUACAGAGUAGAGUACAGAGUCAUGACUACUGGUGUUAGCAAGGUUAGCAAACGGCCAUGGAAUGUAGUAGACACUCUGGCUCCUGCAGGAACCUGUCUGGUGCCAGGUUUGAAACCGUGCACACUGUACCAGAUCAGGUACUCUGUUAUAGAACACUCUGGUAUGAGUGACUUCAGCAAGGUCAUCGAGGUCAUGACCCUGAGAUCCCCACCUGAACAGCUGUUCGUGAAUCGUCUAGACAAGGAAACCGUCAAAGUGACUUGGCUCCAGCCUGAGUGUGAUGAUGGUGCCUCUGUACUCCACUACAAAGUAGACUAUAAAGAGUCAGGACUGGAGGGCUGGUCUACCAUGGUAACAGAGGGACCUGAAUGUCAAUGCAUCAUAACUCUGAACCUCAGUACCUGCUACAGAGUCAGAGUGUCAGCUGUCUAUGGAGGAGGAGACACCAGUGAACCCAGCAGAGAGACAGAUGUCCCAGUCAAUGUAUGGUCCAUAGACCUCUCAGAGAGAAAGGCCUCCCUCCUCCUAGAAGUGCUGAAACUCCAACCAGAGAAGAAACCAGUAAAGCUGAAGGGCUGGUCAGAUGAAGAGAGUGAAGUGAGGAGUUUCCUUCAGUGUCUGCCCUACAUCUCACAGCUGAGUUUCUGUCCAUGGAGGUCUGAUCCCUCAAAGCAGAUCAAGUUCCUGGUGGAUCUCCUGUCUCAAGCAGCAGAGUGGGAGGAGCAGACAGGAGAGAAGACACUGAAGCUGGUAUCAUCAGUGUGGACUUACAGCACCUUUCCUUUUCCCAAUGGAGACAAUUCUGAACAGAGUGAUUUCCUGCUGGAUCUGUACUCACAUGUGAAGGACUAUGAGACUCAAACAGGCAGGAGUGUCCUUCCAGCAUUACAGCCAGUUUACCAGUCAGCUCCUGCAGUCUGGUCCUUAGACCUCUCAGAGAGAAAGGCCUCCCUCCUCCUAGAAGUGCUGAAACUCCAACCAGAGAAGAAACCAGUAGAGCUGAAGGGCUGGUCAGAUGAAGAGAGUGAAGUGAGGAGUUUCCUUCAGUGUCUGUCCUACAUCUCACAGCUGAGCUGUGGUGAUGACAGGUUCUUCCAGACUGUGUGUGAAUCCAUCCCUGUGAGGUCCAGAGAGGAGGACCAGCAGUUGGCCUCUCUCCUCCAGGCCUUGGGCUCCACCCUGUCACUGGGAGGAGAGUUACCCAGGAAAACCUGCAGGUCUGUGGGGAGAGUCCUGGGUCUCUGUGCCUCCAGAGUGGACCUCACUCUCACCCCCAGCAAGAUCUCUCUCAAAGGAGCCUUACUUCUUUUGAGACAUGAGUCAAAGCUCCACAAGCUCAGGCUGAGUGUGGGUAUGGCAGUGAAACUGUCCAGACUGGUUAGGAGGACAGGGAGAGGUGCUACUCCACUGACUGUCCCAGAACUCUCCCUGGUCCUAAAGAGCAGCCAGCUACCAGAGAGAGUGUUGUCCAGGGCUCUGAGUAGUGUGGCGUCCCUGCUGAGACUCUGGAGGGUUCAGUGUCUGGACCUGACUGAUUUCCAGAUCCAGGGUCACUCUCUCAUCACACUGCUGUGUCACCAGGGACCUCUCUCUCUCAGACUGAACUCAGACACUCUGCAGCAGCUGACUGUAGUUGUGUAUGAAGCUCAGGACAAGGACUUGACUCAGUGGUUCCUGGAGAAGGUUGGUGGAGACCUGACCUCCUGCAGGCUGGACUGGGAAGUGCUUCUCUCUCUGCUGCAGCAUUCAACCCACAACAUCACUGUGGACCUCAGGAAGAACCGGCUUCUAGAGAAGAACAUCUCAGAUCUUCUCCCCUUUCUGGGAAGGGUUACUCUCAAGAGGUCCAGUUCCAGCUUUGUAAAGUCCUCCAUCAGACACAUCUAUGACAGUAGAGACAGUGACUGUGUGUCCAGUUUGUUGAGGUCUUCAGACCAUUGGAUCAACCUGAACAGCAGAGAGCUGGACAGAGUGGACUGUACUGCUCUGUGUUUUACCCUGCAGCACAGCCACCAAGUCAAAGUCAACCUGCUGUGGACCUCCAUACCACCGGGGGAGAUAGAGAGCAUCCUGCCUCUUCUGGACAGAGUCUCCCAACUCAGUGUUGACAGGAAGUUACUGUUGAGUUUCCUCCAGUGCUGUGUUGCCUCUCAGGUCCAGGAGGGGGCACCAUCACCACCAACAGCAGUAUGGCUGCUCAGGUCUCUGCACUACAGGCUGGACUUCUCCUGCUCUUCCUCUGUGGACCUGUUAGCUCAAGACCAGAGGGAGGCUCUGUGUCUGACCACUGACCACUGCAGGGCCAUCAACUCUGUUCUGAAGCAGAACCAACACAGCACCCAGCUGGUUCAGAACCAGGUCCAACUCAUCCUAAGAGACUGUGAGGUGGAGGACAGAGCACUGAGGGAGCUGCUUCCCAUCCUGCAUAUUGUCAAGCUGAGCUCCAGCAAAGCUCUGCUACUUCAGCUGCUGGACCUUGUGUGUGAGGGGAUUGAAGAGGGGCUGCUGAGGCACACAGAGUCCCUGUGCAGAGCCCUGGAUGGGGAGCUGGACCUCAGUGAGACCAGGCUGGACCAGAAGGCCUGUGGAUCUCUGGCCCUGGUUCUGGAACACUCAGAGGGUCUGUCAGAACUGGACCUCAGCCACUGUCAACUCACAGACCACCACCUACAGCCCCUGAUCACACACCUGCAUAAAGUACAAGUCCUGGACCUGAGUCACAAUGACAUCACUGAUGCUCUGACUGACAGAAUACUCCAACUGGUCUCUACCAACACUUCAAUACACACCGUACGACUCUUCAACAACAGAAUCCAGGACAGAAGACCCUUCCUGACAGACAAGAGGUUUGAGAUCUGGUGAAACAACAUCAGGUCUUAGUCCAGGAAGAGAAGGCUGAAUCCAGGACAGAAGACCCUUCCUGACAGACAAGAGGUUUGACAUCUGGUGAAACAACAUCAGGUCUUAGUCCAGGAAGAGAAGGCUGAAUCCAGGACAGAAGACC